CGAAAAAAAAAAAAACAAAAGUGAUAAAAAACCGGCUUAAAAGAGAGAAUGGCCGCACCUCAUUGACUGAGUGUUUGAGUGAGCCCCACUUGCACUAAACUGAAACUGCCACAGCUCGAAACUAAGCCCAACAUAUGUGACAAAACGAACAGUUGCUGAACUAAAAUCGAAUUGAACGGUCGCAUAAGCUUGGGCUUGGCAUUCAGUGAAGGCAACGACUGUUUCGAUUCUUAAAGUGCAUUGAAGGUCGCUUUAAAUCGAUUAAACUUAACGCAAUAAACACCUUGUGUGUAGUGCAAAAUAUAAUAAACAUAUAUGGAAAAUAUUAAAUAUAUGUAGCUGAAAAAUAAAUAUUAUUAAAUAAUUAUGUUUAAAUUUAUUACGGCCCUUUGCGUUUUGACCGUGCUCAGCUUUAGCCUGGCUGAGAAAAGUGACCGUGAAAAGCGUCAGGCUGAAAAGCUGCACAUAACGCUGCUCUAUGAGUCGCUCUGCCCCGAUAGCCGAAAGUUUAUGCAUCAAUUGGGCCCUGUUCACGCCGAGCUGGAGCCCUACAUCAAUAUUGAGCUGGUGCCAUUUGGCAAAUCAUUGUCUCAGCAAAAUGGAGCCAUUUUUCACUGCCAGCAUGGACCAGCGGAGUGCGAGGGAAAUCGCUUGCAGAGCUGCGUCUGUAGCAGCACCCAAAAUCAGGCAGCACAGGUGAAAUUCGUUGUAUGCCAAAUGUUUGCACCAAAUCAUGCAAAUGCGGACAAGUGCGCCAACGAAGCGGGUAUUUUAACGGAGGUGGAGUACUGCAUGAAGACUCCGGCGGGCACCAAGCUGCAACUCGAUGCAGAGCUCAUCACGAAACGUUAUAGUCCCAGCUUUGUGCCCACCAUUGUCUACAAUCACGUAUUCAAUCAGCAGCUGCAGGACCAGUCGCUGCGCAAUUUCCGGGCCACAGUUUGCUAUUUGCUGCGACAACAAAUCACGCUGCCCGCCACAGUUUGCCAAUAAAAUGUGAUGCAUGUAAUUACUACCAGAAAAGUGGAGCAAAUAAAUGUUGCAGAUUGUAAUGAAUCAACAAAAAAUA